CUCAUGAUACGUUUUCUUUACACAACACCGUUUGAUAGUGCGCCACCAGUGAAAUUUAAAAUUUUGUCCAUGCUUUUUCUUUUAUUUCUAUGAACUGAAUAAGUUAUAGAUUGACUUGACAACAGUUUACGUUUAGUAGCAGUACGAAAACUGGAAAAGAGAUGGAGAUCACAGAUGAAAAUCUGCAAACACUGUCCAACUUCUUACAGCAAACCCUGUCACCUGAUCCAGCUGUCAGAAAACCAGCGGAGAAGUUCCUUGAGUCAGUGGAAGGCAAUCAGAAUUAUCCAUUAUUGUUACUGAACUUGGUAGAUAAAGCCGAUGCCGAACAGUCAAUACGUGUCUCCUCAGCUAUAACAUUCAAAAAUUACGUGAAGCGUAAUUGGAGAGUGAUUGAUGACGUUCCAAAUAAAAUACAUGACCAGGAUAGACAAACUGUGAAGCAACUUAUUGUUGGUCUGAUGUUGAAAAGUCCAGAGCAAAUUCAAAAACAG